GUGGGUGCGAGCGGUAUAUAGAGAGAGAAGAGUGUGGUUGAGAAGAAGAAGAAGAAGAUGCCGAGGAGUAGAUUUGCUGGGUCAUUGAUGAGCCCGAAGGUUGACUUGAUGAUCGACAUGGGCAAUCCCUUUCUCAAUCUCACCGUCGAUGGCUUCUUGAAGAUCGGCACUGUUGCAGUGGCAAAGGCCGCAGCAGAGGAAACCUAUGACAUUUUCAAAUCAGGGAGUGUUUCGCGUCACAAGUUGGAGCACUCGUUAAAGAAGAUGUGCAAGGAAGGUGCCUACUGGGGAACUAUAGCUGGAGUAUAUGUGGGAAUGGAGUAUGGGAUGGAGAGAGUACGUGGCACCCGGGACUGGAAAAAUGCAAUGCUCGGGGGUGCAUUAGCUGGGGGUUUGGUGUCCGCAGCCAGUAACAGCAAUCGAGACAAGAUUGUAAUGGAUGCCAUUGCUGGAGGUGCCAUUGCGACUGCAGCCGAGUUCUUCAACCAGCUCACCUGAACCUCGAACUGGUUUUUCUCCCUACCUCAGCUAAUUCUGAGGAAAUACUUUGAGAUGUUUAUUUUGUCACUGUCCUUUGAAACUUCUCAGUUUGUAAGUGAUAACAACAUCCCCAUUAUGUUGAUAGAGUAACUUCAAACCAUGACUGCCUUCCCACUCCUAAUUAUUUGGUGUAAUGUCUGUUUUUCUCCUAAUUAGUGUUUAGUUGCUUGCCAACAAGAAUCAAUAAUGACUUUUCUCUAUGAGAAAUGUUUGGGACCCCCUUUUUUGGGGGUUCCAUAACUCCUAA